UUGAACGAACUGCGAAUGAAGAAAAAGAAAAUGGAGAUAACAGCGGUUGCAUUUAGUAUGGCAUUUCGGCAUUCAUCAAUUUCAGCGUCUGCAUCAAUAACAGAACCACCAACACCAACACCACCUUCACCUUCUCAAACAAAAAAAUCCAUCAAAUUUGUAAAUUCGAAACCCUUCUCCGCAAGAAAAUCUGCCAAGCUACAACUUCACCGCGCUUCCGAUUUGAACUCUGUUCUUUCAAAGGUAGGAAAAACGUUGACAGUGAAAGAGCUCAAUUCCACUUUGCACCACUUUGGUAAUUCAAACAAAUUUAACCAUAUCUCUCAGCUAUUUUUAUGGAUGCAAGAGAACAAGAAGCUUGAUGUAUAUUCUUAUUCCAAUUAUAUAAAGUUCAUGGCCAAUAAACUUGAUGCUUCCACGGUUCUAAAAUUGUAUAACAACAUUCAAGAUGAAUCGGCUAAGGACAAUGUAUAUGUUUGUAAUUCUGUUCUCAGCUGUUUAAUUAAGAAAGGCAAGUUUGAUACCGCCAUUAAACUCUUUCACCAGAUGAAACAAGAUGGUCUAGUUCCUGAUCUUGUUACCUAUAGCAUGCUUAUUGCAGGUUGCGUUAAAGUAAAAGAUGGAUAUUCUAAGGCUCUACAGCUGAUUCAGGAAUUGCAAGACAAUAAACUGCGAAUGGACAAUGUAAUUUAUGGGGCAAUUCUGGCAGUGUGUGCUUCAAAUGGUAAAUGGGAAGAAGCUGAACACUAUUUUAACGGGAUGAAGAAUGAAGGCCACUCUCCAAAUGUUUAUCACUAUAGCUCUUUGCUCAAUGCUUAUUCAGCUUCUGGAAACUUCAAAAAAGCUGAUUCGCUGAUUCAGGAUAUGAAAUCUGAAGGGUUAGUACCAAACAAGGUCAUUUUGACAACCUUGCUGAAGGUAUAUGUUAGAGGAGGUUUGCUGGAGAAGUCAAGAGAAUUAUUAACCAAACUGGAAUCUUUGAGCUAUGCUGAAGAUGAGAUGCCGUACUGCGUAUUGAUGGAUGGCCUAGCUAAGGCAGGGCAAGUGCAUGAAGCUAAAAUAGUUUUUGAUGAAAUGAUGAAAAAACAUGUCAGGUCUGAUGGCUAUGCUCACAGUAUCAUGAUAUCAGCAUUUUGCCGAGCCAAGCUUUUUGAAGAGGCAAAGCAGUUGGCCAAGAAUUUUCAAACUACAUUUAACAAAUAUGAUGUAGUAAUAAUGAAUUCAAUGCUCUGUGCUUUCUGCAGAGCAGGUGAAAUGGAAAGUGUAAUGGAAACUCUAAGAAAGAUGGAUGAAUUGGCGAUAAGUCCUGAUUACAAUACCUUCAAUAUUCUUAUUAAAUACUUCUGUAGGCAAAACAUGUAUCUGUUAGCUUAUCAAACCAUGGAGGACAUGCAUAGUAAAGGCUAUCAACCAGUAGAGGAGCUCUGUUCUUCUUUAAUAUACCACCUUGGUCAGGCAAAUGCUUAUUCAGAGGCAUUUUCUGUUUACAAUAUGUUGAAAUAUAGCAAGAGGACAAUAAGAAAGACACUUCAUGAAAAGAUUCUGCACAUUCUCCUAGCAGGAAAGCUUUUGAAAGAUGCAUAUGUAGUAUUCAAGGAUAAUGCAACAUUUAUUUCUGGCCACACCACCAAAAAAUUUGCAAGUGCAUUUAUGAAGUUAGGUAACAUCAACUUGAUCAAUGAUGUUAUGAAGACACUCCAUAAUUGUGGCUACAAGAUUGACCAGGAUUUAUUUGAGAUGGCUGUAACACGCUAUUUAGGUCAGCCUGAAAAGAAAGACUUGCUUCUACACUUACUACAAUGGAUGCCAGGUCAAGGUUAUGUGGUUGAUCCAUCAACAAGGAACCUGAUCCUCAAGAAUUCACACUUAUUUGGUCGUCAGCUCAUUGCUGAGGUUUUGUCCAAGCAACGAGUUAGUUUAAAGCCGAAAAAUCUCACUAGAUAAAGCAUGCAAAAUUUUGCAAUUGAUCAUAUAAUGCUAGCCUUAGUUUGUACUGAUAUAAGAUGGUCUUAUUGGCUCCUAAGAUCUCUAGUACCAAGCACCAUACAUUGCCUCACUCAUUUUUCCUCUUAUAUUUUAUUGAAGUUGUGGUCGAUAACCCUUGUACACCUAAUUUCUAAUGGUGCUGAUCUUCCGAGUGUAUAUAAACAGAUGUAAAUGUAUAUCAUUUCAAAUAAAUCAUUAUUUUUUUUGA